CUCUCUCUCUACAAUUUCUCUCUCUAUCUAAACUGGGUCCCUCUCUGCUCACAAAAUACUCAUUCCCAUUACCGCCUCAUUAUUAUAGCUUCUCCAAGCAGAAACCUUUUCACUCACUCAACACACUCACUCAACUCCUCACUCCCUCUCUCUCUCUCUACAAACACAAUGUCAAGUAACGCCGAAGCAGCUGGGUUCUUCUUGCCCUCCGAGUUCCUAGACGACCUCCUCCUCGACAAGGAGAAUCUCACUGAGUCAGACCCCGAGUUCUGCUUUCCCACUGAGUUCCCUUACGAUUUCGGCGCUAAAACCGACCACCUUCUUCAGAAGCGUUGGGUGAUGUCGACGUCGCCGCAGUCGACGCUCUCCCACUUGAGCAGCUGGGCCGGGUCAAACAACGGCAGCCCCAACGGCUUCCCCUCUCCCCCCACCACCCCCAAAAACGACGCCGUCGGAGACCUCGUCUACCUUGCCGCCGGCCAGCUCGCCAAACUCAAGCUCAACGCCGCAGCUGCAAAAACCCCCAAUCCCUCUCUCGUCCACAGCAUUUAUCUGCAGCAGCAAAUGGUAAAGCAGAAGUACCAAAUGAGAGCGGGUCAGGAGGCCUGGCCCGUUCAGCCCAACCCGACUCGGGUUGUCGGGUUGGGCGGAAGGGCGGCGGCUUUUGGUAGCGGCGGUGCGGCGGUGAAAAAGGGGUGCGCUGGCACUGGGGUGUUUCUGCCACGGCGAUAUGGGAAUAAUACUAAUCCUAAUCCUAAUCCGAAUAAUAAUUAUAUUAUUAAUAAUGAUGUUAUUAUUAAAAAUGACUGUAACGCUUAUUACGCUUCGGAUGCUCGGAAGAAGUCUGCAGGUUACUCAGCUGCUGCCAUUCCAAUUAGAAAUGUUCAUGCCUUGAAAAAGAACUUGGAUAACAUGAAUGGUUUUGCUCAAUCUCAACCUCAGCCAAUUUACCACCCCAAGCUGGAUAGGGGGUUUAUCUCCGACUACGAUCUGUUGAUGGCACGAAGGAACGCCUUGUUGUUGCAACAGCAACGUCGGAGCUUUCUGCUCGAGGGUUCGUCUCCGAUCAACCGUGGUGCUUACCUCCCUCAGGAGUGGACCUAUUGAUGAUGCCCUGCAGGUUCAUCUAGGAAUGGUGUUUUAGCCUUUUUUGAAGAUGGUAGAAAAGAAACAUUCUAAGCUAUAAUUAGCUAUAUGGUGUUUGGUUUUCAUGAUGAUUUACCAGUCAAAAUUUGAAUGAUUGUAGUUAGGGGAAGGGUAAUAAUAGGAUAAUCCCAUGUUAUUUUUCCUUUUUUUUUGAGAUUUUAUCCUUUUUACAAGAUUAGGAAGAAGGGGGUAUGAAUUAGUACUAGUAUAGAACAGCAAGAAAAUUAGUUUGAAGUUGGGGGUUUUUUGUAAUGUUUUCAAGAAAUAAGUGGGCUUAUUCCUAUGUGUGAAAUAGGGAUGUUGGAAAAAAUUGGGUUUUAGUUUCAUUUUGGGAAAAUGUUUUAGUGAAGGAAAAUCCACAGUCCCCCUUUUGCUGUUGUAAUAGAUAGAGUAUUUAAUUGCUGAAGUAUAAUGUAAUAAGAAUGGUAGCUUUGCUUAUUAAUGUAUCAUAUUUAUCUAUUUAUUGCCAA